CAUUCCUUCACGAGUUAUUUAUUCAUGAGUCUUCGAGAUAUGUAUACUGUCUGAAUCUACGGUAGAGAAGAGAAGGGAAAUCGGAACAGCCGGGUCUGUCUAAGUACAUAGCACUGGGCAUUCUGGAGCAUUGAAGGGAGUUUAGCAAGCCGGGUACCACCAUCAGAAAUUCGAAACAGGGAUUCAAAAUGAUGGGCGGCAUUUGGAAGCUCGGAGCUGGGUCAGAAACUGUCAGGUCUCGUAUCAUCGAUUGAUGCGAUAUAUAUGCGACGCGCGGGGUUAGAAAAACACAUAUAUAAGAGGAGAGAGAUGCCAAUGAUAUUCAGGAAUCCUCAGCUUCGCCGGUCGAAGACACCCCUCCCCUCGUCCACGGUUCCUUCACGUUUUAUCCGCCUCGAAUCUCGCUUGCAAUCAUGUUCAAAGUGUUAUUUGUCUCAUCGUUCCUCGCUUUCUUUUUGAUUUGCGUCAGCGUACGAUCUGCGCCCAUUCCUGGCCACUUGCGGAACACUUUCAGGUCCAUUCAGGCUCGUGAAGUCUUUACUGGUGGAAAUGCGACGUACUUUUUGCAAAACGGAGUUGCGGGGGCAUGUGGAACGGUACACUCGGAUUCGGAUUUCAUCGCAGCAAUGGACCAAACUCGUUAUGGUGAUUCCGGCGACGUAUCUCCGCUCUGUGGAAAGUAUGUCAAGAUCACGAACAUCUUAAACCAGAAGACUGUGACAGUGCAAGUUGCUGAUGACUGCCCUACAUGCAAUAAUGAGAACUCUAUCGACCUGUCCCAAGGUGCUUUCACUCAGAUCGCGACCAUUGAUGAAGGUGAAGUACCUAGUAUGUUGUCGUCUUGUGCCUAUUGUCAAAAUUAUAGCUCACCGGUUGCUCCCUUUUCAGUCACCUGGGAAUACGUUGACAGCGAUGGCAGUAGCAGCACUGAUAACAGUAGCUCGGGCGAUGACACGGACAAUGGCUCGGACUCGGAUAAUGGCUCGGACGAUGGCUCAAACUCGGACUCGGGUUCUGGUUCGAAUGAUGACUGGUCAUCAGAUUGA